UGUGAAUGUAGCUCUAGCUGUGGGCCGGGGGGUGAGCUACCUAGUCCGGGCUGCUCUGCCGAAACAUCCAUGGGUGGCUGUGUCGGGAGCCACCACGACUCCUCGGGCAGCUUAAACGAGAACUCGGACGGCACUGGAGCAGGUGUUGCAAGCAAGCGUGAUGACACACACAUACUGGCCUACAUACAUCCCUGAGGAUUUCUGGAAUGUACUGAAAGACAGUGGCUCUAGGGCGUAACCAGCCCCUGAAGAGAGAGCGGCCUAAAUGGAAAAGUGACUACCCGAUGACUGAAGGCCAGCUGCGCAGCAAGAGAGAUGAGUUCUGGGAUACGGCGCCAGCAUUCGAGGGCCGGAAGGAGAUCUGGGAUGCGCUGCGGGCUGCGGCCAGCGCCUUUGAGAGCAAUGACCACCUGCUGGCUCAGGCCAUCCUUGACGGGGCCAGCAUCACACUGCCGCACGGAGCUCUAACUGAAUGUUAUGAUGAACUGGGGAAUCGAUAUCAGCUGCCAGUCUACUGCCUCUCUCCUCCUGUCAACAUGAUUGAAGAGCGCUCUGAAGAGCCUGAUGGUUCAGAUCCAGACUCUGGGGCCGCAGACCCGUCCACAGGCAGUGCCAGCGACCCAGGCUCAGGAGGGGAGUGCCAGCUUCGGCUCCGGCUCUCCACGGGUUGUGACCUCCGGCUGGCGGUCCGUUCCACAGACACAGUGGGCAUGAUGAAGCGUCGUCUACAAAGUCAUGAGGGCGUGCCUGCUGCAACCCAGCGCUGGUUUUUCUCAGGUCGGCCACUGACAGACAGGCUGCGCUUGGACCAACUCAACAUCUCCAGGGACUAUGUAGUGCAGGUCAUCCUCAGCCAGCCGCCACCGCCAGAGCCGGUAUCAACACCAGGACACACACCAGAGGCCUCUGGGCCAGUGGCAGUGGAAGGAGUGGCUGCACUGCCACAAGAACCCACACUGGUGGAGAAUUAACUCCCCUCAACCUGGCAGCCUGGAGAUGGGCAUACCAGCAGGCUGGCAGUAUUGGAUAACAAGGGAGAAAAAAGAAGUUGAUUCUGACUUUUCCCUUUUGAUUUUCUCCUCUCUUCUCAUUGUUUUUGCUGAGAAGGGCUUUCUUUGGGCAGAGGUUGGCUGUCUGCAGGAGCAAAGAGACUUGAAUUGAGAAAAGACUCUUCCUUUUGGUUUUACAUGUUGAAAUUUUGACCUUUUUGAAGUCUUUUUAACUGUUCCUAUGGAAACCAAACAACAAAAAGAGAACUUUGUCAGAUGGCUUAAAGGGUUUUCUUGGCAACACUGAUGUUCAAAUGUUUGUGUGUUUCAGUUUCCAUUCAAGUUCUUCUCUCUGGCAAAGCUGGGUCAGCUGGGUCAAGCAGCUGUUUAUGAGGCUACAGGGUAAUAAGUACAUUAUCAUUACAUACAUUUUCAACACACGCAGUUUAGAAAGGAGGAUAGUUUAACAAUCAUGACAGUUAUUCAGGCAAUUAUUUUUAAUUAUAUAUGAAUCAAAUCAAGAACAUUUCCUCACUUGGGGAUUAAGUCAGUAUGCUAAGAGCCGUAAAGAAAGGUUGGUAUUGUUAGUUAGUAAACAGAUGUGUCCUCCCACUUGUCAAGAGGUUGCAGUCAGGGAGCAUGACGAUGUUUUACCCAGCUGCCGCUGGAUUAGACGCUUCAUAGAACAAUCAAAGCAAUCAUGUAAUAAACAUAAAGUAGUCAGCGUGUGUGUGUGUGUGCGCGUGUGUGUGUGCGCGUGCGUGCGCGUGCGUGCGCGUGGAUGUUCAUAUAUGUUCAAGACACAACCACACUUAUUCAUGUGGCAAAAGGAUGGAACAUCAGAAACACAGUUGCAUAUUUUGAUUAAAAAAUAGAAUGUUUUUAAUUAAAAUUGACCAUUGUUUCUA